AUGGGAAAACUAAUCUGUGAUUCAACGGCGUCGUCUCCGGUGAUCCCGUGGCGUGACCCCACCACCACCCCAUCUUCUUUAGACUCCGCCGCCACCGCCGUAGGAGACAUUGUUGAAAAGUCAGCGCCGCUGGUGCUGGAAAAUAUCAUAUCCUGGGAAAAUGUGUCUGGAUUAGAGGACCAGCAGAAGAAGCAUUUGACAAGGCUGUACAAUAAGGGUGUUUUGUGGAAGCACCCAGAGGACAAAAGCUUGAGUAUUGUGUUUAAGCUUAGCUAUGGAGGGGAGGUGGAGGCGGAUGGGAAUUGUUAG